ACGAACGCGCGGAUCCCUGGGACGGCGUCUUCCGCAAGCCUGUGCCUGCGCCCGCGGGCGCGCCGCUGUGGUUCGCGGACCCUCCGCAGGCGGCGCUGCACUCCGUGCUGGGGAUGCACGACGCGGAGGACGGCGGAGUGUAUCGGUGCAUCGACUGCGGGCACGAGAUCUGGGACGGGACGUGCUCUGCGUGCGGGCGGGUGUACCCUGGGCACCGCCAUCGCCUCCACCACCCGUGGGACGAGGACGGGGACGGGGACGAGUCGGAUAGCGACGGGGAGGACGGGGCGGGGAUGGUCGGGUGGCUGGAUGGGAUGCUGCCCAGGGGGCUCUGGUGGGGCGCGGGGGCGCAUGGUGGCGCGGAUGGGGAGGGGGACGAGGACGGGGAGGAGGAUGGGGAUGGGGAUGGGGACGAGGGAGACGUGACGGACGUGGACGACGAGGAGGGCUUCGUGCAGGGGUUCAUGCCCGUCGUGAGGACUCGCCUCUUUGGCGGCCUUGGGAGCGGGUCUGAGGGCGAGGGCGAGGGCGAGGACGACGAAGCUGGGUACGAGAGCAGUUUCAUUGACGACGAGGGUGCGGAGGAGGGUCUCACGGGAGAGUGGCCGAGAGCCAGUCCACCCCCGGAUGAUCAAGAUGGGAUCGCUGACGACGGUGGUGCGGGAGAGGAGGAUGGGGAGGAGGAGGACGGCGGGGAAUACGUGCCGUCCGCUCUCGCGCGACGCAGUCAGUUCGUCGUGCACAGCGAUGAGGAGGAGGAUACGCCAAGCGAAGACGACGGCGGGGAUUCAGGCAGUGAUGACGGUCUGGCGAACGCAGUAGCCGAUAGGGAACGGUAUAUCUACGGAGAUGACGGCUCCGUCUCGCGGAAUCUCGUGUGCAGUUCGUCGCCCAUCCACGUGUACUCUGACGAGGAUGACGUCGCGGACGAAGGACACUUUCCGCUCUACGACGACGAGUUCGCGGGCUCCGAGGAUGGCGACGAGCACUCCGGUGCGCCUGUCGAGCCAAUCGAAGGACAUUGGGACGACGAGGUCGAGGUCGAGGUCGGGGAUGACGAAGAGGUGGAGCAUUUUGGCUAUGGAGACGAGGAGAGCGUGCACGGCGACGACGGGCCUGCGAGCGGGGAUGAGUACGAAUACGGUGACGCGCUAUGGUGA